CGGCAAUGUGGCACCCGUGGCAGCUCCUGAGCACACUGCGCCGCCCGGCGCGGGUGCUCGACAAGGUCACAACGACGCACCACCGCGUCCUGGACCACGUGACCGCCAAGCUCACGCACCACCCGCUGCUCUUCCCGCAAGGCUUCUUCAGCGACGGCUGGGGCGACCUGCACGUGCCGUCGCUGCUCUCGCAGCGGCUUGCGACCGACGAAAAGUUUGCCGUCGCACCGAUCGUCGACCUGCAGCUCACGCCUCUGCGACGCCUACGCCGCCAGGCGCCAUUGAUUGUGCAAGGUUCGUUUCGCACCACGCUGCGGGACCACGCCGUCUUGCUGCCGCCGGUGUGCCACACGGCGUACUUUGAACUGAUUUUGCCACCUGAGAUGGCUGCAACGGCAAGCACAAGCCCACUGCACAUAGACGGGAGCAAGCGACCGCUUGUCGUACUCUUGCCAGGCACGGGCGAGCACGGGUGCACGCAUCGCCGGCUCAGCGUCGCGGAGCCGCUCGCCCGCGCCGGCGUCGCCACACUGGUGCUGGAAGGCGCCUUUUACGGCCGGCGCCGCCCACCCAACCAGAAAGGCUCGAAACUGCGGCAACGAACUAGUGUGAGUGACCUUCCGAUUCUGGGCUUGACGACGAUCGAAGAAGCCAAGUCGCUCUUGCACCACUUUCAGUCGCAUUUUCAGUUUGAGCAGCUCGUCGUUGCCGGCGGCAGUAUGGGCGGGCUGCACGCGGCCAUGACCGCCGCCUUGUACCCUGGCGACGUGGGCGCUGCAUCGUGGGUCGCACCGCCGUCAGCGAUCCCGGCCUUCACGCGUGGUCUCCUUGCGCUCUCCUGCAAUUGGCAGUCGCUUUCACAGCAAAAAGAGCUUGCGAUGAUCGACCAUUUGCUCUCGGGCCACGUGUCCGACUACGCCACUGCCUACUCGGACGAAGUCGCGCACGUCAAGCAACGAUUAAGCGCCUUCUUGGCGCUGACCAACAUUGAGAACUUUCCGGCACCGCGCCGGGAAGAUGCCGUCGUGUUCUCACAAGCCACUGAAGACCAGUACAUUGGCCGCAACGACGACCAAUGGCAGCUUCUCAUGCAGCGCUGGCCGCGCGCCACGUUUCGCCACGUCACAGCCGGCCAUGUGAGCGGUCUCCUCUUCAACUCGGACGCGUUCGUGGCGACGAUCUUGGACGUCAUUACGACGCUGCAAAAACCGCGAUCUCGAUAAGUUAAAACGGCUCAUGUUGUUCUCGGUGACUGCGAUGUACGCAAACUGGCUAGCAUGACAGUGCACGAAGGAGGCGCGUUAGCAGUACCGUGUCGAGCUCGUGGCGAUCUUGGUCGUCCAUCUCGAGCGCAAGCGCUUUGUCCUCGAGCGGCCAGUGCUUGAGGAUCUGUGCGACGUAGCUAUGGCACUCGGCGCGUACUAACAACCGCGUUCUGUGAUCUCCGCAAAGGGCAAGUCGAGACACGUACGAUCGGCGCUUGUUUCGGG